AUGCCACAUUCAGGAGUUUGCAAGUGGUUUGACUCAGCAAAAGGUUUUGGAUUUAUUACACCUGAUGAUGGAUCUGAGGAUAUAUUUGUGCAUCAACAAAACAUUAAAGUAGAAGGUUUCAGAUCACUAGGACAAGCUGAACGUGUUGAGUAUGAAGUUGAGACAGAUGACAAGGGUCGCAGAAAGGCAGUUAAUGUAUGUGGACCAAAUGGUGCAGCUGUUAAGGGUGAUACACGUCGUCGUGGCCGUGGACGUGGUAGAGGCAUAAGAGGACGUGGCAGAGGUAGGGGCAAGAGUCGUGGUGGUCUUUCUCAGCCUUCAAUAAAUCAAAAUUCAGUUAAUCAGACAACAAAUAACUAG